CCAACCUACCCUGCAUUUCUGCGUUGGCUUUAUCAGAGUCAACUUCUUUAAAAGGGCUUUUGAACUCUUAACCAGGGAGCAGUCACCCUGAAACACCUCUCCUCAGGAGAAGUGCCUUAGUAUUCUCCAAGCCACGGUUUUCUUCCUUUUAGCGAGAACAACACCAAACACCUUGGAAUCAAAAGAACUGUCAAGGUGAUGGACACUUAUGCCAGCUGAAGUUCCUGCAACCAGACACCUUAUGGAUUUUGGGCACAUUUCUACCAGUAAAUUGUCUGCUUGGAUUGAUUAAUGACUUCUGAAUUGCAGUGAGAAUUUGGUGAAUGAUCUCUGGUUGAAGAAUGGCCACCAAAACCUGAGAACAAAUUACAAACUGCAGAAUUUUCCAGUUCAAAGAAAAACAGGAAGACACAGGUGCAAAUUACCUUUCCUUUAAAAAAAAAAAUGUUCUUUACAGUGUCUUGGGUGGACUCUGUGAAGCUGGUGACACUGGGCAGCCUCCUGUUGCUGAUCUUCUCACAAAUACUGGUAAAAGAGGCUGCGUCUCCCAUCCAGAUGGAUAUGGCUCUGCAUUCCUUUGAUGACCAGUAUCUGGGGUGCAGAGAGGAGAUGAUGGAAGAACUGGAGCAAGGAGACUAUUUUCAAAAGGAAAUAGCUGCUAACAAGGAAUACUUUCGUCUCUGGAAGAAGGCUCAGGAGGCUUUGCUGAAGAGCCCUGUAGGUCUGCUGAGGGAAAUGCAUGCCAGCCAUGCCACUGUCCUCAUGGCUUACACCAUGAACUCCUCCCUGCACUCGCAGCUGAACUGGGCUACAUCCACAGCAGGAAUCUCUCCAGAGCACUACAGACACAACUUCAGCUUUAAAUAUUUUCACUUCUACCUAACAACCGCUAUCCAGAUAUUAAAGGAAUGGCAGAUCAGCAUGGGGGAACAUAAGUGCUACCAGGUCCACAGAGGUGUAAAGGACUUAUAUAUCGAGGCCAAGGUAGGCAGCAGGGUGCGAUUUGGCCGUUUCACUUCUACCUCCCACCUCAGGAAUGAAGCCCAGAAGUUUGGGAAUGAAACUUUGUUCACAGUGACCACUUGCCUGGGAGCAGCUGUGCAAGGCUUUUCUUACCACACAUCUGAGAAGGAAGUCCUCAUUCCCCCUUAUGAGAUAUUUCUUGUCAAAAGCUUCCUUCAAACCCAGCAGGGCAACCGGCUGCAUCUGCAUUCUGUGGGGAACUACAGCAAGUACCAGUGCCAGCUGGUGGAAGCUUCAAGAAGCAAGAACAGUGGUUACACUGCACUUGCCUCUGCCAUUCUCCCUAGUGUGCUUGGAGUUUCCCUGUGCUUGGCCCACAAUCUCUGAUUCUCUGGCUGCAUCCAAUUAUGGGCCCUUGAAUAGCAGGAAAGAAGCCUGUGGAGUUCCUGCUGCUACAGGAGGUUCAAUCUUCCCUCUGCUUUCAGCUGCAACUCUGCAGCUGACACUGGAACAUU